ACCGUGAAGUAACGAGCGUGGUGAGCGCGCGCACACAGAUCUCCCCCCCAAAGCCGUCCACCCGCCUCACACACACACAGAGAGACCACACAAUCGAUCCGUCUCGACCCGGAGCGCGUCCACCCGGAUGACCCUGCGGAGUGACGCGUCUCACCGUUGACGGUGCGCGAGGGAGCAGCGGAAGCGGCGGUGCAGGAGAUGGACGCGUUUGUUGUUGUCGUCUGCAGCUCCGUGUCGGUGCUGGGGUAAGACACGGUAAAACCAGCAACAACUGAGAAGAAGAAGAAGAAGAAGAACCGUCGUUGGAGCGAUGCCGGGCGUUACCAAGUACAAUUUGGUGGACGACGUGCACGAUCUGAGGAUCCCCAUGCACAACGAGGAGGUGUUCAAACACGGGGUCUCCUUCGAGGCGAAGUACAUCGGCAGUCUGGAGGUGGGACGUCCUGGGAGUCGGAUGGAGAUAGUCGCCGCGAUGAGGAGGAUUAGAUACGAAUUCAAGCUGAAGAACAUCAAGAAAAAGAAAGUCAACAUCGUGGUGUCCACUGAUUACAUCAAAGUGCUUUUACGCAAGAAAAAGAAGAGAAAAGGAAGUUCGUGGGAUGAAAGUACCUUCUUGGUGGCAGAGGAUCCAAUCUACAGGAUUUUCUACGUCUCACAUGACGCUCAAGACCUGAAGAUCUUCAGUUACAUAGCGAGAGAUGGACAGAACAACGUGUUCCGCUGUUACGUGUUCAAGUCCAAGAGGAAGUCUCAGGCCGUGAGGAUUGUGAGGACGGUGGGUCAGGCGUUCGACGUGUGUCACCAGCUGACUCUGCAGCAGAAAGACGACGAAAAGGACGAGGAGGACGGAAAGGACGAACAGUCGGAGGCUCCGUCGGGAAAGAAGAGGUCUGCACCGACGGAGGACACUGACCUUGAAGCCACCACGGAGGAGAGCAUUGAUUGCGUCUCUUCGUCAGACCUUGAGAAGAGCAGGAAGGAUGAUGCCGUCAGGAACGCCGCGGAGGUGUCUGACAGCCUGUCUCCCAUCCUCGGAGCCUGCGUUACAGCUCCGUUGACGGCAGAUGCUCCCUCCUCCGCGGAGCACGAGGUCCAGCUGCUCCACAAACAGCUGCAGCAGCAGGAGCAGCAGGCACUGGCAGCUGCGGCACAGGUCCAUGUGCUCCAGGAGCAGCUGUCGGUGGAGGUGUCCGCACGCAACGAAGCCCAAGCUCGAGUGCAGAGGCUGCUGCAGCAGAACACCGACCUGCUGCAACACAUUUCCCUGCUGGUCAAACAGAUACAGGAGCUGGAGCUCAAAGCCUCAGGCCGGUUGACGUCCAUGGGCUCACAGGACAGUCUCCUGGAGAUCACUUUCCGAGCCCGACCCUCCCAGCAGAACUCCCUCACACCUUCGUCAUCUAUCGACCCUGUUGCUUCUCGAUCUCAGCUCCAGAUCAGUGACACUCCCUGGGUUUCCACGCUGCCCGGGCCUUAUUCCCCAGGUACCACCGGUCCAGACUCCAGCCCUCUGAGUCUAAGCGGCAGCAGCAGCGGCGGCGUUCGUUUCGAACGUUUCCGUUUUUCCUCCCGUGCUCCGGACAUCCAGGAGCAGGGCCGGGACUUGGGGGAGACCCCGAGCGACGGAGGCCCGGACGAGAUCUCGCUGCUCGGGCAGCAGGUGCUCGGAGCCCUGGAGCUCCUACGGUUCAGAGAGUCGGGGAUCGGGUCGGAGUACGAGUCGAACACCGACGAGAGCGACGAUCGGGACAGCUGGGGAGCGGGCGAGGGCGCCGACGGGGGGGCGCGGCUCUCCAACGUGAUGAAUUCGGAGAGUCCGUCGGACUGUUUAGGGGAGGAGAUGGCCGUGUAGAGGUGCUUUGAUGUCAGUGUCCUGUUCCGAUCGGAAACGGAGUGAAAAGGUUUUAUUUGCAGGUAUCGCGUAACCUGCAUGGCGUCUUACGUACAAGUGUUGUCGUUGUUGAGUUACAGCGGUGGUUCCCUAACUAGCUCGAGGACAAAAUGUUGUCUGUCUGCGUGUGUGUGUGUGUAUGUGUGUUUUAGCUGACUUUGAAAAUUAGAAUGAGAAGAAAAGAGUCUGUUAUAUAAGAGCCAAU